AUGGCACCAGGCCAUGUUCUCAAUGAAAAGGUUCCCAAAGGGAGUGCAAUCAAAAAUUCCGCGAUCCAAGACCCCGAAGGAUAUUGGCCGAUGCUUGAGUCCCCGAUGUGCAAUGGAGCUCUCGCAUUAGGGCCGAGGAUAUUCAUGAGCAUCCUGGCCAUCACAAGGCAGGAGCUCCCUGGCGCGAGCUAA